GGAAAACAACUGCAAGGCGGCCCUUGGUUUUGCGCCUUCCCUGUUAAGAAGUCGUGUUUGUCUGGGGAGCGGGUCGCUCGCUGCGGUAAACGGCGGCGUGGGAGGUUUUGUGGGCAAAACCAGCCAAAAUAUGGGACUACGGGAGGAAAUGGGACGAGAGCUGGCUGACUUGGCUGUGCUUGCAAUAGCAAGACGAUGAAGAUGGAGAGGGAGAAGAUGAUGCUGAAGUCCAGCAAGAGUGCCUCAAGAAAUUUUCAACCCCAGACUAUAUAAUGGAGCCAUCUAUAUUUAACACGUUAAAGAGAUAUUUCCAAGCAGGAGGUUCUCCAGAGAAUGUUAUCCAGCUCCUCUCUGAAAACUACACUGCAGUGGCACAGACUGUAAAUUUGCUGGCAGAGUGGCUCAUUCAAACAGGUGUUGAGCCAGUGCAAGUUCAGGAGACUGUAGAAAACCAUUUAAAGAGCUUACUUAUCAAGCAUUUUGACCCUCGGAAAGCAGAUUCCAUCUUUACAGAGGAAGGAGAGACUCCAGCCUGGCUUGAACAAAUGAUAGCGCAUACUACGUGGAGAGAUCUCUUUUACAAGUUGGCAGAAGCCCAUCCCGACUGUUUAAUGCUUAAUUUUACUGUGAAGCUUAUAUCUGAUGCUGGAUAUCAAGGGGAAAUAACCAGUGUUUCAACAGCAUGUCAGCAACUGGAAGUAUUUUCCAGAGUCCUGCGUACAUCUCUGGCAACAAUUUUGGAUGGAGGAGAAGAAAACCUUGAAAAAAACCUCCCUGAGUUUGCUAAGAUGGUGUGCCAUGGAGAACAUACUUAUCUUUUUGCUCAAUCUAUGAUGUCCAUAUUAGCUCAAGAAGAGCAAGGAGGGUCAGCUGUUAGACGGAUCGCUCAAGAGGUUCAGCGGUACGCUCAUGAGAAAGGCCAUGAUGCCAGUCAGAUCACUCUAGCGUUGGGUACUGCAGCCUCCUAUCCUCGAGCAUGUCAGGCUCUUGGUGCGAUGUUGUCCAAAGGAGCUCUGAAUCCAGCAGAUAUCACUGUCCUGUUCAAAAUGUUUACAAGCAUGGACCCACCUCCAGUAGAACUGAUUCGAGUACCUGCCUUUCUGGACCUCUUCAUGCAGUCAUUGUUUAAGCCAGGUGCUAAGAUCAACCAGGACCACAAACAUAAAUAUAUUCACAUACUGGCAUAUGCAGCUAGUGUAGUAGAGAUGUGGAAAAAGAACAAGAGAGUCAGCAUAAACAAGGAUGAACUCAAGUCAACUUCAAAAGCCAUUGAAACUGUUCACAACCUGUGUUGCAAUGAGAACAAAGGAGCAUCAGAGUUGGUUGCAGAACUCAGCACUCUUUAUCAGUGCAUCAGGUUCCCAGUGGUGGCAAUGGGUGUAUUGAAGUGGGUGGAUUGGACAGUGUCAGAGCCACGAUACUUUCAGCUGCAGACUGACCACACUCCAGUUCAUCUGGCAUUAUUAGAUGAGAUCAGUACAUGCCAUCAGCUGCUUCAUCCCCAAGUUCUACAACUUCUUGUCAAGCUCUUUGAAACAGAACAUUCGCAGCUUGAUGUAAUGGAGCAGCUGGAAUUGAAGAAGACUCUCUUGGAUAGAAUGGUGCACUUACUCAGUCGAGGAUAUGUCCUGCCUGUUGUCAGCUAUAUCCGCAAAUGCCUGGAGAAGCAAGAUACAGAUAUCUCUCUCAUCAGAUACUUUGUUACAGAGGUGCUGGAUGUGAUUGCUCCUCCUUAUACCUCAGACUUUGUACAGCUUUUUCUUCCAAUCCUGGAGAAUGAAAGUAUUGCAGGUACUAUUAAAACAGAAGGUGAACAUGAUCCUGUCACUGAGUUUAUAGCUCAUUGCAAAUCUAACUUUAUUAUGAUGAACUAAGCAGUGGAAAACUAUCAAGAAUGCAGAGCGCAUGAUCACGACUUUGCCACACUCUCCACAAUUAAGGUUCUAUAACUGGGCAACACAACAGCAAAAAAAACCCCCAAACCCAACAAACCCCAAACAAGGAAGAAAGGGCUGAAGGGCAUUUGAUUGACUUACGUGGUGACCUUCUGUUCAUAUCAGAGGACUGUUAACAUACUUUGGAAGAUGGAAUAAUUCUGAAGGAUUUUCUGUUACACAAAUUGGUAUCUAUCUGAAUACCCUGAAAGGGAUAGCAGGAGAAACAGGUUUAUUUCAAAGAGUGUUAUUUAUUUUGGUUACUUGUGGAUAUUUGCCACUGAGUCUUUGUGUAAUAUACAAAACCUGAAGAAUAGAGAAGGUAGUUCCUACUAAAAACACUUCGCAGAUAGUUCUCUCAAGGCUGAAUCUUGAAUGCCAUAGGUUUUGAUGUUGCAAGUUG